GCACCCGCUGGCCAGCCCUGGUACUGCAGCUCACAAGGCAGGUGAGUCCCACUAUUGCUGACCAGUCCAUUCCUGACAUCCGCAGUCUCUGGUCAUCUCCUGUAGUAUGUCCGCAGUCUCUGGUCAUCUCCUGUAGUAUGUCCGCAGUCUCUGGUCAUCUCCUGUACUGUCUCUGGUCCUCCUGUACUGUGUCCGCAGUCUGGUCAUCUCUGUACUGUGUCCUCAGUCUCUGGUCAUCUCCUGUACUAUGUCCGCAGUCUCUGGUCAUCCCCUGUACUAUGUCCGCAGUCUCUGGUCAUCUGUACUAUGUCCGCAGUCUUUGGUCAUCCCCUGUACUGUGUCCGCAGUCUCUGGUCAUCCCCUGUAAUGUGUCCGCAGUCUCUGGUCAUCUCCUGUAGUAUGUCCGCAGUCUCUGGUCAUCUCCUGUACUAUGUCCGCAGUCUCUGGUCAUCUCCUGUACUAUGUCCGCAGUCUCUGGUCAUCUCCUGUAGUAUGUCCGCAGUCUCUGGUCUGUAUAUGUCCGCAGUCUCUGGUCAUCUCCUGUACUGUGUCCACAGUCUCUGGUCAUCUCCUGUACUAUGUCUGCAGUCUCUGGUCAUC